AUGCCGUCUAAACUUUCCAAAUGGUUAUCUUCGUACAAACCAUCCUCGCGUGAAUCAAUGGAUGAAUUAAUUGAAUGGAUGUAUUCAAGUGCUAAAUUAGUGGAUGAUAUAGAAGAAACUUUUGAAAAAUUAGUGUCCACCAGUGUUAUUUCUGAUGUAUGUCAACGAUUGUUUGCAUUUUAUAAAUCAGGUUUACCACCUUUACAAAACUUUGUCAUCCUUUUGUUACCCUCAUUGUUACACACCUACUUAUGUCAUUCGUAUGAAGACAAUACUUCAGUCUUUCAGGCAAAGAAAAGUGUUUCAAGUCAAACAGAAUCAUCACAAUCUUCACUUCUAAUGAGUCUGAGUUUAUUGGAAUCUUGUCUGUUAAGUAUAUGCAAUUGUUAUAUUGCAAAAAAUGGCCCGAUAAAAGGUGAAUUUGAGUGUUUUGGCAGUGAUAUCAACAACUUCCGUCUGCCAUCGCUAAACACACCAUCAGUUUUUCACAAUCCUGUGUCGAUUAGAGAAACAAUUGAAAGAACCGAUGCUAAUGUUAAGUGUGAAAAUGAUAAUCAAAGCCCAUUUCGUUUGUCAGCAAUUAUAUGCCUAAUUCAAAACUACCUUGAAAUGCUGUCAACUCUGGAUUUACAAAAUCCUGUUGUAUCUGUUUUAGCCUUUCACUCUUUAUCAAGAUUUUCAAAAUUUUCUAGUCGUCUAGCCAGCCUAUCAAAGCGUCCGCGUAUUCCAACUUCAUCAAGUUUAUUAAUGAUAUUGUUGAAUUGUUCUGAUCUUAUUUUAUUCAAGCUUGAUAAUCUGGAUAAGUGUUCAACUACUACUACUUCUACUACUACUAGUAGUAGUAAUAGUAGUAGUGGUAAUCGUCCGAUUGAAUUUAUUCGGUCUUCUGUGCUCGACAGUAUUAUAGAGAUAAAUAAUCGUGCUGCGCAUCAUUGUUUCGCUUCAUGUCUACUGGUAUGUCAGUCAUUGUUACACUAUCGUGGUAUUUAUUAUGGUUAUCGUGAUCGAAAGCCUAAGAUAACAGAUGCAUUAUUAACGCAUGACAUUGAAAAUAUACCAGGCUGUCGUAGUGCAGUUAGUGUUUCUGGUCAAGGUGCUCCUCUGAUUACUAUCAACGCUGUUGAAGAUAAAACUUCACAUCCAGAGUAUACUGUUCGACCGAAACUUAGUUCUUCUACAACUACAGAAGUCUUUACAAGUGCUUCAUUUAAACCGAAAGCUGUUUCUGAAGAUAUACCGCCUGUGAAUGAAAGUCAACUGCGUAAAAAUGAAAAAAUGACUGGCUUGCUUAUUGAUACGAAUAUUACCAAUGCUGGUAAUACUAUCAGUAAUAAUGAUAACUUGAAUGAAUCACACUCAAAGAAAACUAAUAAUAAUAGUAAUAAUAAGUCGAAAAUAGGCGUUGA